AUGGCGCCUCACGCAAACGAUAGCGAUGGCAGUGCAACCGGAAUAGCCGUUGAGCAGGUACGUGAGUCUGGCAACACCGGUUUCACGGUGGACUCGCCAAAUGUUACAUAUACGCCCGAGACCAUGCAAGCCAAGUACACGUACCGCACAACGAGCGUCGGCUUCAACAACGGCCAAUACAAGGCAUCACCCAAAGAGUCGAAGUACGAUUUCAAGACGGAGCGUAAGGUUGGCAAAGUUGGUGUCAUGCUUGUUGGCUGGGGUGGAAACAACGGCUCUACCGUCACUGCUGGUAUCAUCGCCAACCGUCGCAAGCUUGAGUGGGAGACCAAAGAGGGACCACGUGCUGCCAAUUAUUACGGCUCUGUUGUAAUGUCGUCGACGCUCAAACUCGGCGAAGACACAACCACUGGUAAAGACGUCAACAUCCCAUUACACAGCCUAUUGCCUAUGGUCCACCCGAACGACCUUGUCAUUGGGGGUUGGGAUAUCAGCAAGAUGGACAUCGCCUCCGCCAUGGACCGUGCACAAGUGCUCGAACCGACCUUGAAGUCGCUCGUUCGCAAAGAAAUGGCUCAGAUGGUGCCGCUGCCGAGUAUCUACUAUCCCGACUUCAUAGCCGCGAACCAAGAGGACCGUGCAGAUAAUGUCGUCGAGGGCUCAAAGGCCUCUGACAAGCACGUCGAGCAUCUCCGCAAGGACAUCCGUGAUUUCAAGAGCGCCAACGGCCUCGAUAAGGUGAUUGUGCUCUGGACCGCAAAUACUGAGCGUUUCGCCGACAUAGUACCUGGCGUAAACGAUACUGCCGACAAUCUUCUACAAGCUAUCAGCAACGGCCACGAAGAAGUCGCACCAUCUACUGUAUUUGCCGUCGCUUGCAUCCUCGAGAAUACACCAUUCAUCAACGGCUCGCCACAGAAUACCUUCGUGCCGGGUUGCAUUCAGCUAGCUGAGAAGCACAGUGCCUUUAUCGGUGGCGACGACUUCAAGUCGGGACAGACGAAAAUGAAGUCUGCCCUCGUCGACUUCAUGAUCAAUGCCGGCAUCAAGCUGACCUCGAUUUCCUCCUACAACCAUCUUGGCAACAACGACGGCAAGAAUUUGUCAUCGCAGAAGCAAUUCAGGAGCAAAGAGAUCAGCAAAUCUAAUGUCGUGGACGACAUGGUCGCUGCCAACAAUGUGCUGUACAAGGAAGGCGAGCACCCUGACCAUUGCGUCGUGAUCAAGUACAUGCCGGCUGUUGGUGACAACAAGCGUGCGCUGGACGAGUAUUAUGCUGAGAUCUUCCUCGGCGGCCACCAAACAAUAUCCAUGUUCAACGUCUGCGAAGACUCGUUGCUCGCAUCGCCACUUAUCAUUGAUCUGGUGCUUAUCGCUGAGCUGUUCACCCGAAUACAGUGGCGUAAGGAUGGCGAGCAAGACUGGAAGAGCUUCCACUCUGUCCUCAGCGUAUUGAGCUACAUGCUCAAGGCGCCGCUCACACCACCCGGCACACCCGUGGUCAACGCUCUGGCCAAGCAGCGUAGUGCCCUCAUAAACAUCAUGAAGGCCUGCGUUGGCCUUGAGCCAGAGAACGACAUGACGCUGGAGCACAAGCUUUUCUGA